UCUCUCCUCUCUUUCCUCAAUCGCAGGGCUGCGCUCAACGACUCGACACCACCAACAGGGAUGCAGCGAGGGCGCAGCGCAGCCUGAAAAUGGCACCACCACGCGUCCUGUGGAUCUAUCCAUCCCUUUCCCUCCUGUGCUCCCUGCUCCUUUUUCACGCGUUGUCGCCGGUGCGAGCCUUACGGAAUUACCCGGAGAAUGAAGUUACGUUGCUUGACUCCAUGUCGGCCCUGGCUGACCUGGGCUGGGAGGCGUAUCCUAAUGAGGGGUGGGAGGAGAUCAGUGUGAUGGACGAGAGGAACACUCCAAUGAGAACCUACCAGGUGUGCAACGUCAUGGAGGCCAACCAGAACAACUGGCUGAGGACGCGUCACAUCAGUCGGGAAGGAGCGCAGCGAGUCUACAUUGAGAUCAAGUUCACCCUGAGGGACUGUAAUAGCCUGCCGGGGGUCCCUGGUACUUGCAAGGAGACAUUCAACAUGUACUACUACGAGUCCAACAACCCUAACCUGUGGUUCAUUAAGGAGAGCCAGUACCUCAAGAUUGAUACCAUUGCUGCAGAUGAGAGCUUUACACAGGUGGACGUUGGCGAUCGAGUCAUGAAGCUAAACACGGAGGUGCGCGACAUCAGCAACCUGAGUAAAAAAGGCUUUUACCUGGCCUUCCAGGACUUGGGCGCCUGCAUCGCCCUGGUCUCUGUCAGAGUUUUCUACAAGAAGUGCGCCCUCACCGUGCUCAACUUGGCCCAGUUUCCUGACACAAUAACAGGUGGCGACACUGCACUGGUGGAGGUCCACGGCGUGUGUGUGAAUGCCUCCGAGGAGUUUGAGGCUCCCAAGAUGUACUGCAGCGCAGACGGAGGCUGGCUCGUUCCCAUCGGGAGAUGUGUGUGCAAACCAGGCUUCGAGGAGAACAAGGACGUCUGCCAGCCAUGCAGACCUGGUGCCUACAAAGCUUCAGCCACGGACGCCUACUGCACCAAAUGUCCUCCUCACAGCUCGUCCCCGCAGGAACAAGCGGUCGAAUGUGUCUGUGACAAAAGUUUCUACCGCGCUGAGACGGACCCGCGCUCCAUGGCCUGCACCCGUCCCCCAUCUGCACCAGAGCACCCCAUCUCCACAGCGAAUGAGACCUGUGUGACCCUGGAGUGGUCCCCACCCAGGGAGACAGGAGGCCGAGGAGACAUCACCUACAGUCUCCACUGCAGAAAGUGUUCCGACGAUGGCAAGAAGUGCGCGCCGUGUGGUAGCAGUGUCCAUUUUGUCCCGCGACAGUUUGGUCUCUCCUCAACCACCGUGUUAGUCACUGACCUGCAGCCAGACUCCAACUACAGCUUCACCAUCGAGAGCCAGAAUGGAGUGUCAGACCUAAGUCCGACACCGAGAGGAACAGUGGUUAUCAAUGUCACCACGUCACAAACAGUGAGCGUGGUGUUGAAGGAGAGGCGGAGCAAGGACAGCGUGACUUUGGCCUGGCAGGGGCCUGAGAGGCCCAACGGUGUGAUAGUGGAGUAUGAGGUCAUCUACUAUGAGAAGAACCAGCGGGAGCAGAACUACACAGUACUGAAGACUCGCUCCAACAUGAUGACAGUGAUUGGGCUGAAGCCAGGGACCACCUAUGUGUUCAGGGUCAGAGCGCGGACCGACGGCGGCUACGGGAGCUACGGCGGAGAGAUCGAAUUGGAAACCAGCCACGAAGAUGUGUUGGCUAUCGGGGACCCUAACCAGUUCACCAUCCUGGCUGUGUCCAUCGCUGGGGGAAUCGCGCUCCUCAUCUUCCUAGUGACUUGCUUCAUUGUCAGUGGCAGGCACUGUGGAUAUAUCAAAGCCAAACAGGACCCGGAUGAGGAGAAGAUGCAGUUCCAGCACGGCCGAGUUAAGCUUCCAGGCAGCAGGACCUACAUCCAUCCUCACACCUACGAGGAUCCCAACCAGGCCGUUCGAGACUUCGCCAAAGAGAUCGAUGCUUCCAAUAUCCGUAUAGAGAGGGUCAUUGGAGCUGGCGAGUUUGGGGAAGUGUGCAGUGGUCGUCUCCGCGUGCAGGGGAAGAGGGAGAUCUACGUGGCCAUCAAGAGUCUGAAGGCGGGGUACUCGGACAAACAGAGGCGGGACUUCCUGUCCGAGGCCUCCAUCAUGGGACAGUUCGACCAUCCCAACAUCAUCAGGCUGGAGGGCGUCGUCACACGAUGUAAGCCGGUGAUGAUCAUCACAGAGUUCAUGGAAAAUGGAUCCCUGGACACUUUCCUCAAGAAACAUGACGGCCAGUUCACGGUGAUCCAGCUGGUCGGCAUGCUGCGUGGCAUCGCCUCGGGCAUGAAGUACCUGUCAGACAUGAGCUACGUUCACAGAGACCUGGCCGCUCGCAACAUUCUGGUCAACAGCAACCUGGUGUGUAAGGUGUCCGACUUUGGCCUGAGUCGGGUUCUGGAGGACGACCCAGAGGCCGCCUACACGACAAGGGGAGGGAAGAUCCCCAUCAGAUGGACGGCGCCAGAGGCCAUAGCGUACAGGAAGUUCACGUCAGCCAGCGAUGUGUGGAGUUACGGCAUCGUCAUGUGGGAGGUGAUUUCGUAUGGAGAGAGACCCUACUGGGAGAUGUCCAACCAGGAUGUGAUCAAAGCAAUAGAUGAAGGCUACCGUCUUCCCGCUCCGAUGGACUGUCCUGUGGUGUUGCACCAGCUCAUGUUGGACUGCUGGGAGAAGGGACGUAGCGACAGGCCAAAGUUUGGACAGAUUGUCACAAUCCUGGACAAGCUCAUCAGAAACCCAGCCAGCCUGAGAGAGCUGGCCAACAGCUCAGCAUGUAGGGAGGAUCUGUCCACCCCAGAGUUCAGUGUGACCUCAGUGGAUGAGUGGUUGGAGGCCAUCAAGAUGGGCCAGUAUAAGGAGAACUUUUCCAGUGCUGGAUAUGUCAGUUUGGAUUCAAUCCUCUACAUCAGUGUCAGUGAACUGACCAAGAUGGAAGUGACUCUGGCUGGUCACCAGAAGAAGAUUUUGUCCAGUGUGCAGAGUUUGCAAACCCAGGGGACACACGUCCAAGUAUAACAGUGUGCACAUAAACACAGUGAGCCAAAAUGGAUGCACCUCUGAGGCGUUCACCCCA